AUGGUCAGGAACUGUCCACACGAUCGUCGACCAUCAGCACCACGAUUCGACACUCGGGUGGUUGUUCCGAUUAUUCUCGUGCUGCAGCUCUCUGCGAUCAUGCAACCUAGUCAAGCAUAUCCACUUACUGAUAUUCAUCGCUCCAAUAAUCUUUACAAUCAACCUUACGCCGUUCAUACUCUGAGUGUUGCUCGAGCUGGCCUCUCACAACAUGCCGAACGUAUCGCUUAUGCUCAGGAAUAUCUUCAACAUUUCGGUUUUCUGGGAGAGGACGAAGAACUCAGAACGCAAAGCGUUUUAACGAACGCUAUCCUCCGGUUUCAGCGAUCCGUUUCAUUGCCGUUGACCGCCCAAUUAGAUGACGUCACGUUCAACGAAAUGAAAAAGCCACAUUGUGCAACUGCGGCAAUUCAUGCUAGACGCCUUAAGAGAUUCGCUACAGCUCCAUCGUCACGCUGGAAUAAACUCACCGCUGAUAACGAACUCCAUUUGAAAUGGUUCAUCAGCCACUAUACCAAAGACAUGCCACGUGCUGAAAUCAGAUCGAUCGUUCGCAAAUCGUUCGCUAUGUGGUCAACGCAAACGAAGAUUGCGUCGAUGCCAUCGGUGACGCUAGAGUUCGAGGAAGCAACUCGAGAAUCAGAUGCCGACAUAACGAUUCUUUGGGCAAAAGGUGACCACGGAGAUGCGUACAAAUUCGAUGGUACCGGUAAUCACACGAAUAUUCUCGCGCACACCUUCUAUCCAAAUUAUCAAGAGACCGGAACACUCAAUGGUGAUAUACAUCUUGAUGAUUCCGAAAAAUGGACAAGUGAUGGUAGUGAAGAAGGAACUGCAUUUUCGAAUGUUUUCAUCCAUGAGAUUGGGCAUGCGCUCGGUUUGGGCCAUAGUAGACGAAAAGAUGCGAUCAUGUUUCCGAUCUACAAGAAGGAUGUUCUUGAGCAUGGCUCCUUUGAUCUAGACGAUAAAUGUGCACUGAACUGGAAUUACAUUGGACCAACAAAUUUUUGUUUGUUCGUAUGGCUUAUGUCAGAGGUGCUGCCUCGUCAAAUCGAGAAUGAGGAAUCUGACGAGAUGGCAAACGAUUUGAUGAGUACAAUGCACACCGUAGAACUGAGUCUUACAUCGAAAGUGGAUGGAUUAAAGCAGAGGCUUCGUGAAGUGGCGAUACCUCAGUGCAGAGAUGACAACGAUGUGAAGCGUAAAUUUGAAGAGUUACUACAAAAUAAACUCAACUUACCCGAUGAAACCGCACUUUCAUACAGUGACGUAGUAUGUAAUUUUUUGAAUGGAUUGAAUAAGUAUACUGAAGAAGAGGAGAAAGGAAGAGAUUUACGAUUGAAUGGUAAUGAAAUCGAAGAUGAAAGAAGUAGUGGUGAUGAGAGUAGGCUCGUGCAGAUGGCACAACAAUUCUUUAGGCAGCAUUCAUCGAUACUGCAGCAUAUGCCACGUCGUCAUCGACGUCGUCUAGCACCCGCGCAUCGUUUCAGACAUCAACACACUUCACCCUUCGAUACCAACUUCUUCGAUAGAUCAUUUUUCAAUCACUUCUUCACUUUCUUAGCUCAGUAA